AUGUGUGAGGUCACCUGGCUCCUGAGUAUACCACCUGAGGUCAUCUGGUUCCUGAGUAUACCACCUGAGGUCACCUGGCUCCUGAGUAUACCACCUGAGGUCAUCUGGUUCCUGAGUAUACCACCUGAGGUCACCUGGCUCCUGAGUAUACCACCUGAGGUCAUCUGGUUCCUGAGUAUACCACCUGAGGUCACCUGGUUCCUGAGUAUACCACCUGAGGUCAUCUGGUUCCUGAGUAUACCACCUGAGGUCACCUGGUUCCUGAGUAUACCACCUGAGGUCAUCUGGUUCCUGAGUAUACCACCUGAGGUCACCUGGCUCCUGAGUAUACCACCUGAGGUCACCUGGUUCCUGAGUAUACCAUCUGCGUUCAUGAUGGGGUAA